AUGGAGGAUUACGAUCAGGUGACUUCGGAGAUUUUUCAUAAAGUUCCUACGAUUUGUUCUCAAUGUUGUGAUAAUGAAAUCAAAAGUUUUGGCUGGUGUCAAAAAUGCGAAUCAUUAAAUUUUAAAAAAAAAUAUUCUGAAUGGACAAGUGAAAACCCUUAUCUUGAUAAAAUUAUUCAAUGGUCUCAAGAAAAUUCUUUUCACAAUUCAAUCUGGUCAGAAGGACCUUUAUUAAAUUGGGACGUAGAAAAUAAAAAAUGGAAACAAAAUAAAAUGACUGUUGUAUUGAAAAGAUUUAAGAAUUCGUCCAUUAUUUCGAAAAGAUUCUUGACGCAGAUUUUCAGAAACAUUAAGUGUUUAACAAGCGAUUCUCUCGCAGAAUUUUAUGGUAUUACGAGACAUCCCGAAGGUGACUAUAUGUUCGUAAUGAAAUAUUAUGAAGAUGGUAAUUUAUAUAGUUAUCUAGAUAAAAAUUAUGGUAUUAUAACUUGGGGAGAAAUAUUUAGUAUUCUUUUGGGAAUUUCGGAAGGUCUGGGUCGAAUUCAUAAACAAGGAACGUAUCAUUCAAAUUUACAUGGUGGAAAUAUUCUCAUUGAAGAUGAUAUUAUUUCAACGGAUGCGAAAGUAACUGAUACAGGUCUUCAUGAACUCAUAUCUGAAAUGCCAAAAUUUUAUUACGAUUUAAUGGUAAGUUGUUGGGAUCCAGAUCCUGAAGCAAGACCUUCAGCGGAAAAUUUAAUUGAAAUACUUAAAAAUUGGAUACAUUCUACAAGCGAUGAUGAAAAUUCUCACUCAAAUUCUCCAGAAAUCAUUGAUCAAUUUAAUAAUGCGGAGGAAGUUAGGUGGACUUCAAUUGAUAAAUUUAAAUCAAUACACGAUGAAUCUUAUAUUGAUAGAAAUGAUGUGGGUUGGUCCUUUCAAAAACCAUCCCAAGAAAUUCACGUAAAAGCAAAUUAUUCUGUUCCAGGUUCUCGUACACCUGCGUUUGUUUCAAGACCUUCCACUUCUAUCAUAAUACCUCGUCCUCCUAGUGAUGUAGAUAUUUUAGAUCCAAGACAAAAUAUUCGAGAACUUGGAACUGGAUAUUUCCAUAGAACAACGACGGGAUCCUGUCAACGAUCCUGCUGGUUGCCAAACUUGCCAACUUUUCAGAUCACAAUUCCUAUAAGAGAAAUAUUUUGGGAUCCACCGUUUCCUAUCGCAUAUGUUCCAGUAAUCCCGACAAACAUAGUUG